UUUUGGUUCAUGUGGAUGGAACUUGAUAAAACAAAAUACAAUGUGGAGGAUUUUCUACAUUUUCGGCACUCAAUUGCAACUUCUUCUAGAAUUCAGGGGUAGUUGGAGUAAUUAUUCAUUCAGAUUUCAGCCUUAAUAAUUUUCUUCAAUCCGCUUUCCCUAUUCCGGACCUUACGUCGCCGCCUUUCCUGCUUUCUGAACCUUGCGAUGCCACAAACCGGAAAGGAAAACCGUAGAGAUAGAGAAGCGUAGGAGAGCGCUCGCACGGUGAAAGAAAAAUUAACAGAGAAACCAGAGUACAAUUCUUUCCUUCUCCUUCCGCCGAGAGCUUUUUUCUCUCGAGAAAAUGGACGACGCUGCGCCGGUGAAUUGGGAAGCUCUGGACGCCCUCGUCAUCGAUUUCGCCACAUCCGAGAAUUUGAUUGAGCAGCAGCCGCAGGAGUCUCUGGCGGAUUCCCCUGCUUCGCCGUUAUCUCCUCUAUCUCCGUCGUCUUCGUCUGUCUCGUCUUCUUCCUCAUCGUCUUACCAUUCCAGGCUGAUCAUUCGCCAGAUCAGGCGGUGCCUAGCGGCGGGGGACAUUGACGCCGGAAUCGAGCUUCUCCGAGCUCACGCUCCUUCCGUUCUCGACGAUCACAGGGUUCUAUUUCGCUUGCAGAAGCAGAAAUUCAUCGAGUUGUUGAGGAAAGGGACGGAAGAGGGGAGAGAUGCUGCGAUUGCUUGCAUAAGGACGGCUCUUGCUCCCUGUGCGCUUGAUGCUUAUCCGGAAGCAUACGAGGAAUUCAAGCAUGUUCUCCUUGCCUUUAUUUAUGACAUACAUGAUCAGAGUUCGCCUGUGGCAAAUGAGUGGUCUGAAAAGAAGAGGUCCGAAAUUGCUGGGUUGAUGACUUCUGUCUUGAGAGCUCAUUUGCAGGCAUAUGAUCCAGUCUUUGCAAUGACAUUGCGAUAUUUGACAAGCAUACACAAAACCUUUUGCUUUCGUCAAGGAACCACAUCUCCGAUUUCAGACCUUACUGAGAGGUUGCUCAUGGAGGAACGUGACCCUCCAGCUGUGCCACAGGAGAGUUUUUAUGAGGCACCUCCAUUUGAUGAGGUGGACAUUCAAGCUCUUGCACAUGCUGUUGAGCUUACAAGGCAGGGAGCUGUUGAUAGCUUGAGAUAUGCUAAAGGAGACUUGUUUCAGGCGUUCCAGAAUGAAUUAUGCCGAACGAAGUUGGACGUGCCCGUGCUAGAUGAACUUGUUCGAGAGUAUUGUGUCUAUAGAGGCAUUGUUCGCUCGGGCUUUGUGGCAUCUGCUGAAUGCAAAGUAAAUCAAUCCGAACCUGGUCGCUUGCCAUCUCAAAACUAUUCUCUUGAAGUGGACCAGACUACCAGCAUACCUUCAGAUGGUGAAAAUUCUGUAAUCACAAUGCACCUGGAUGUUUCUUCAGAGAAUGAUGUUGUCAAUAGCAGGCCAGAAACUGAUAUUGAGAUGAGAUAUGCUUCUGAAUCAACUGGAAAUUGUGAAGAUUGCAGCACAAGUGAAAUACAGCAACUUGACAUAUCAAAACUUCUUCAAAGAAAUAGAAACUAUACAAGCGGAGAGAGGAGCAAACGCAAGCGCUGGAGGGGUCGACAGGAUGAGCAGGAAUAUCUCUCUGGUGUAGCUUACAGUGCAUGCAGCAAGCAAGACCUUGAUGCAGUCAUAGCCAGGGCAGACAUCGGUGGUGAACACCAGGGAAUAGAAAAGCAGUCCACAGAAGACCUAAAUAACAUGGAUGAUAGGUAUGAGAUUGUGUUGGGAAUCAAGGAUCUAGCAGCUAGAGGCAUGGCUACAGAGGUUGUGGAACAAGUUAAUGCUUUGGAUCCAAACUUCUUCUCCCAGAAUCAUGCCUUGCUCUUCCAAUUAAAACAGGUUGAAUUCCUCAAGCUGGUCAGUGCUGGUGAUCAGUCAGGUGCUUUGAAGGUGGCCUGCUCGCACAUGGGUCCCUUAGCAGCAAAUGAUCCUUCUCUUCUGAAGCCUUUGAAGGAGACUCUGGUUGUGUUACUCCGUCCACAUGAAGAGAUGCUUGGAAAAGGCUUACCUUUAAAUGCUCUAGCAAAUUCACUCCAGGUCGCAAUUGGUAAAAGGCUUGGCAUUGAAGAACCACAACUCAUGAGGUUAAUGAGAGCAGCCAUACACACACACAAUGAGUGGUUUAAGCUGCAAAUGUGUAAAGAUCGCUUUGAGGGUCUUAUGAGGAUAGACUCUCUGAAAGAACUCGAGACACCUUUGCUCUCUGCUUGCUCCAUGUUGAGCUCGAGUGCAGAUAGCUCUACUCAGGGUUCCUCCCAAGUUACGACAUCUUCAAGUGCGAGGUUGCCUGAAGAUGGUACAAGUCCUGCUCAAGUCUCGUCGGGAGAAGUCUGUGAUGAAAGCGCAAUACUCAAAGUGAUGGAGUUUCUCGCCUUGCCAAGGGCUGACGCCAUCCAUCUUCUUGCACAGUACAAUGGAAAUGCGGAGACCGUCAUCCAGCAAAUAUUUGCUUAGCUUAGAGUAGUAGGUUCAAGCUUUCAUGUUUUAUUCUUUCAUUUAUUUGCAGAGGGCAUUGCUUGCUGCCCAUCCCUUGUUUGUGACACUUAUCAUAGUAUUAUAUAGAUGUACUCCUUUAUCACUCACCAUUUGAUGUCAUCUGCUGGAUACCGCCAUGGCCUGCUUUUUUAUUGGUCCCAUGUUCUUUUCAUUUUGAUUCUUCUUUCUCGGGGGCAAGUCUUUAGUAAAACAGUAUAUGUCCAUGCCAUACCCUAUGAAAAACUAAUCUAUUAUUCUUGUCUCAAAUCAGUUAUUGAGUACAAAGAAUGACAGCUUUAGCGCAGGGGAAACUGAAGGCUUGAGUAUAUGUCUGCUGAAAAGCAUGCUCAGGCUGCAUUCCUUGGCAGCGACCGCAGCCGGUUCGUAGCGUCCAGUGUCUAGAUUCUUCCGAGUUACAGGGCCCUUCAACAGAUUCUCUCCCACUUUCACUAGAUUAUUCAGAUUCUCCUCUGUAGCCAAGUCUGCGGACACAGUAUCUCCUUGCAGCUUGUCAUCCUGCAAAAGUAUUUGUAACAGAAUUUGGUUUGAAGAUGCCAUA